AUGCGCUGUUGGCAGUUUGCUGCGUCGAGGAGGCUGAGCCUGGCAGGAUCCAAAGUCGGGAGAUUUCCCCCCGCCGCGUUCCCACCUGCGAGCUCCACGCUGCCAUCGCGAGGGACCUUCACAACGACCCCCGUAAGCCCUCCUUUACAGGAGGAAAUGCGCGCGAAGGGUUUUGUGAACUCCACGCCGAACUUCUCCUGUGAUUUUACGGACUCUUCUCCCUCCCCCGAGGCAUCUUUCCCUGGUGGGUUUGAAACCACCCCGGCGACGGGCGUUCGCCUCGUGGAGGACCUCCACGGCCCCUGGCUGGUGAUGACGGACGACCUGCAAGGGGAGCUUUUUGUCGAUCAUGACGGCUUCGUUUAUUACCGCCCGGCGAACGGGAUUGGGUAUGGGAUCGGCCAAAUCAAGCUGCUCGGGGCCGAGGACGAACUCGGUACGGCCUUCACCUGCACCUUAAUGGUCUAUGCGUACGCCGCGACGGAUCGAUUCCCCCCGAUGUACGGCAUCACGCUCCACAUCACGGGAAUGGUCAACCACGUGACCGCGAAGACGCCUCAGGCCUUCUCGACGUUUUCCCUGAUCGGGAUUUGGCAGAAGGAGGAUCCGAAUAACGCGGAUUCGAAGGUGGGGGUGGAUUCAUCCCACGAGUGCGGGGUGGAGGGGGAGGGGAAGGGAGAAGCGAUCGCACCAAAGCGCCUCACCGGGCAGUUUAACGCGGCCAAACUCUCGCCGUGGCAGCCGACCGCAAAGGAUGUGGCGUGGAAGCCGAACGCGGAGCUCCAGGCCGCGCUGGCAGGGGUCUUCCCGCGGGAUCUCGCGCUUUCCCCUCAUUUCCGUGGGGGAAUUGACCCCUCUUCCUCCACGCCCUCCUCUUCGUCCUCUUCUUCUUCCCGCCCCCCGCCUUUCCCUGCGCCUCCUCGUGUGCUUCCGCAUCACGUUGAUCUCGCCCCUUAUCGCGUUGGUUCGAUCCCCUCCAUUUUUUACCUCCCCGAUUAUCUCACUCCCGAAGAGGAGGAGGUGAUCCUCGCCAGCGUGCGGGAGACCCCUACCGCGCUCAAAACCACCCUCCCCAAACGCACCGCGCAGGAGUGGGGCGGGGCCCUCUGCGAGGUUUGUCGUGGCGGAUUCGUUUCGGAGGGCAAUUUCCCCGCGUGGGUGCGGAGUUGUUCGGAUCGUUUGCUGCGCGAUGGGCUUUUUACUCCGUCGACCUUUCCAAACGCCGUGCGGGUGCACGAAUACGCGGCCGGGGAGGGGAUCGGACCCCACGUCGACGGGCCGAUUUACGUCCCUGUCGUGGCGGUCCUCUCGCUGGGCGGGGCCGCCGCGAUGGGGUUCGCGCCGCGCACGCCGCCGCACGAAACCUCGCCGAUGGAGCAUUACGAGGAUACGUUUCGUUUCGCCGACGGCCCGAUCGCGCGGCGGGGGCGGGUUCAAACGGUCGUCCUCGAGCCCCGUUCCCUGUUGUUGUUCACAGGCGACGCCUAUUUUUUCCACCCCCAUGGCGUUUCCGAUGCGGCGGUCGACGAGCUCGCGCCCGAGAUCGCCGGCGCGGUCGUGAAUCGCCACCUCCUUCGUGAACCAGACAUCCAACGGGUCGUGCGGGGGUAUCGCGUGAGCGUGACGAUUCGCAACCUCCUGCCCCGUUGCAAUCACCAGCCCGGGCGGGCGGAGUUUGAGAUGAAACGCGCGUGGUACCUCUACCACAACCUCCCCCUCCCCACACCGCUUUUCACCGCCUCCCCGUUGAUCCGCGAAGCGGGGGGCGCGGGGGAAACCGCGUCGGCCGCGUUGGAGGCCCCGCGAGGGCCGUUGCCGCCCGAAGGGGGGGGGCGGUGGGAGGCCCGAAUGGAUCGCCUCGCCGCCGAGCAGGCCGCGUUGGCGGCGGAGAUGAAGGAGCUGAAGGGGCUUUUGGGGCAAUUCGUCGCCGCCGGGCGCAGCUCCCAGGCGGAGACCUCCGGCGUCCUCAACAGCAUGACGAAAUCGCUCCUGGAGGUGGACGCGAAACUCGACGAUUUGAUGGAUGAAUUACAGGCACGAAAGUGA